AUGAUGCGCGUUGUUUCCCAGAUCCUGUUGCAUGUUGCGCUGAAGCCUUCGAGUGCCUUCCGGCAGGAGGAGACAGGGGGCGGUCGGCUUUUAGACGGGCUUGACCGUGAAGAUGACUGGGACGAUCACCGGCACGUAGAUCACCAUGGUGGACUUGACCUGCUUGAGACUGACGAUGAUCUCAACACAUUGACAUGGUUUGAUGAGGUGGAGACCGACAGCCCUGCUACGGAGAUCAAAGUCUCGGCCCUGCGUUUCUGCAACAAGCUCUUCUUCGAAGCAAGCGCAGGGGCAGAGGUUCAGACACGAAAUCUGUUGCGCUCCCUUUUUUUGGUAAGACAUUUGGUGACUUUGUACACAAGGGGCACGUGGAUGAAGCGGCAGCUUCCAUCGUAA